GGUCGGCCUGGUCGUGGGCCGCCUCCCGAGUGCCUAGUGCUCGUUUCAGGUGUGCUCAAGAUUCGAGAUGACAGAGAGGAGCCCAGGCCACGGAGGGGCAACGUGUGGCUCAUCCCCCCGCAGACGUACCUGAAAGCUGAGGAUGAAGAGGGCCGGAACCUGGAGAAGAGACGGAACCUUCUGAACUGCCUCAUCGUCCGAAUCCUCAAGGCCCACGGGGACGAGGGGCUGCACAUCGGCCAGCUUGUCUAUCUGGUGCUGGAAGCGUGGCAGAAGGGCCCCUGUCCUCCCAGGGCUUUGGUCAGCGGCCUGGGUAGGGGGUCUGCCUGCAGCAGCACUGAUGUCCUCUCCUGCAUCCUGCACCUCCUGGGCAAGGGCACGGUGAGACGCCGUGAUGACCGGCCCCAGAUGCUGUCCUACGCAGUCCCCGUGACGGUGAUGGAGCCUCACACCGAGUCCCUGAACCCGGGCUCCUCAGGCCCCAACCCACCCCUCACCUUCCACACCCUGCAGAUUCGAUCUCGAGGUGUGCCCUAUGCCUCCUGCACCGUCACCCAGAGCUUCUCCACCUUCCGGUAGCCCUGCAGAUGGGACCAGGGCUAGG